AUGGUUCCGAUUGAUGCCGCGGAGAUACUGAGAACCAAACCAGAAUCGGCUGUUUUGUGCUCUGAUGAUGGCAAAACCGUUGCCGACACUCCCAGUUUUAUCGAUGGAGCCUCUCUAGCUGUUCGGACAGGCACCGGAGUCCGAAUCUCAGCUCAACCUGUUGAGAUUGGUAGGCUUCCGAUGGAUUGGUCGAAUUGGGCAGUGUUUCUUUUGAGAUCUGGUAAGGUCAAAAUGCUAGGCAGAUGUGUUGCGGCGCCAAAGUUUCUUCAGAUGAUGCAAGAUAUUAUGCUUUACGUUAGGCGGAGUUCUCCUCAAGAACUCGACUCUCGCAAACGUUCGCUGAAUUUGGGGAUGACAGACGAAAGAGCAGCGUUGCUGGCUGUAGCGAAAAGAAGGAAAGGCUGUGAACAUUAUAUAGAGCAGAGCAAAGAUGCUCCUGAGUCAUAUAUGAAUCGUGUUGUUGGCGCUGCAGAUUCAUAUAACCUGGAGAAACAAGCUCUCUUCUGGAUGUCUGAAUCUGAAAAAGGAAUUGAUGUUGACAAGGCAGCUGAAACUCUACAUCCUUGCUGGGAGGCUUACCGAAUCUGUGACGAGAGGGCACCUUCAAUUUAUAUAAACAUCUUCAGCGGUGAAGCAACAAUCCAGUUUCCAACAACAACACAUAUGGCAAGAGGCGGAAUAUUGGCAGAUGCAAUGGGACUUGGAAAAACUGUGAUGACAAUUGCACAAUACUUGCAAGACCAGGCCGUGGUAACCCGGAAAAUGAAGAAGACUUUGCGGCCGGCGGCAGAUGUUACUGCGGAUAAACCUAAGAGGAAGGAGAGUCAUCAUAGAGCACAACGAUUGUGA